GUUCAGUUUCGUGCGCGCUUCGGCAUCGUAGUAGGGGGCGGGAGCUAAGCGAGAGGGGUAAAACAUCCAUUCGCUCGCAGAUAAGUGUCGCGGCCCGGCGCAAUGAGUGCGUCGGCAUCAUAGAAAUGGGUGUCCCAGCCGAUCUUCUCAGGAGAGGCGCUUUAGGACUUGCCACGUGCUGGCAUGGUCCUCCUAUCCAUUCCUUUGGCAGGAUCUUCCAGUGGCCUGCCCUUCCCCUGCCCUCCAGCCUUCCUCACCCCGCCUCGGCUGCUCAGAACACACAGGCAGAUGCCGCACGUCAUGGGGGAUAGACCUGCAGCAGCAGCUGACCCACCAUCAGGGUUAUUGGCAGAUCUGAGGAUGGAUCUGGAUGAGCCGCCUAUUGCUCGAGCGCCCGGCCGCGCGGCGCUCGAUGACGUGGAGAGGAUAUCCAGAGGUACACACACAUGCAUUCACUCACACGCAUGGAACACCCAUGGGUGGGCUGACAAUGCGCUCUCUCACUCAUAACGGAUGGACAUCGGUUCGUUCCUGCGUGUGCAGGUCAGGCAGCCCGGAAGAAACGGAGAGGCACCGGCAGCCGCAACGUGCCCCACAGGCUCAAUCAGGAAGAGAGGAAGGUCCGCCUAGGCACACACGAUAUGAUGGUAUACAAUGAGUGUAGUGUGUUUGGCUGUCUGUCUGUGGUUGCUUCCUUCAUUAUUCCCUGCACACCUGCCUGCAGCUGUAUGACAUCGCCAAGGGCCGGCGGUAUCUGGUGACGUCGGGGAGCGCAUACAGGAGGGAGCGGAAGGGCAGCCCUUUGGCCAACAUAUACCGCCAGUGGUGCGACGCUCAGGCAACACCCUGCAUCAACAUACAAAAGGUGGGUGGGGGGCAGACAGACAGACAGACAACCAUGAAGAUCGUUGCUGGCUUACGCAAUCGCACAUGUAUGUUUGUGUAUGCUAUGCUAUGUGUGUGGUGUCACUGCAGGGUCUGGGUCCCGAAGGCAGCGACUUAGUUGUCGUCGAUCUCUCGCCGCUCAGAAGGUUUGCAUCCGUGCACACACACACACACACAGAGAGAGAGAGAGAGAGAGUGAAGGAGAGAGGGGUCAUUUAUCCAUCCAUCGGUCGGUGUGUCUACCUGUGUGUGUGUCUAUGCAUUCAUGCAGGCCUGCGUCACAUCCGGUCAUGCAGCAGCUGCUCGAGGUGAGUGGACGAGCCCACAGACGCAACGCACAUUCACACCCGCUCACACACGCAUACAGAGUCCUCUUCUUGCCUUUGUGCAGAGUCUGUGUUCCCUCCUUUCAUCUCUCGGCUGCACAGUGGUCGAGUCGCCGUCGAUAGCGGCAGAGCCAUCUGAGUCAGUGCCGACGAUAGAGGGUCUGCCCGCUUUGGAUUGGGACGAGUGGGCGAUAUGGGAGCUGCCCGAGGUGGCUGUGAGGGCGGGAGGUAAGGACAGGGAGGGCAUCAAGGCCGUCUGUCAAGCGGUGCUCGAGUGGUGGGAUGGGGUUGGGUCGGUGGACAAGGGGUGAUGUGUGUGUGGAUGGUUGGAUGGAUG